UCCCCAGAAGAGCAGUAAGAUCAAAUUUUAUGUUAUGUUGUGUAUUACCAAAUUGUGUUGUGUGUUGAUUAAGAGAGAAUAGCUGAAGAUAUGUUGGCGAUAUGUUUGAGAUUCAGGUUUUAUCAAUCUCUGUACUUUAUCAAAUAUGAAAUAAAUGCAGUUCAUUUCAUUUUCCUUGUUUUAUAAAAUCAUUGUUUUGUUGCUUAUAAACUUUAAAAAUCUUACAUUCUUGGACAUUUGAAUUUGGCAUCAACGUUAAUCUUGAAUUCCAAAAUUAAUAUUUUGCAACUGAUUUUAUAUUUAUGCUAGGGUGCAAUUAGAUACUAACUUUUUUUAUUGUAAAAGUAAAUUUAGUUGUCGGUAUCAAGACCAUCAAGUUUAUUCAUGGAUCUUCCAGAAUUGUGAAGGCAGGGGACCAUCUUUAUUCUUAUCCAACCAGAUGUGAUUUCGAUUUGCUGGUUAUAUCGAUGUGCUAAACUUGGAUGAUCAGAUUUUCUCAACUCUCCUGAUUCUACUGGGACUUGAUUAAAGGCAAAGUUUACGAGCUCCUAUAUAAGCCAACUCCUGUACUCUGCCCCCGCAUUCUCGAUCUUUUCAUCCUCGUUCAUAUAGUUUUUUCACACAAAUCCCAACAUGCUUCGCACCAAAGCCUCUGCAAUUUUGUGCAUAUUCCUCCUGCUCCAUGUGAGUGCUGCCCAACAAGGGCAAGGGCCGAUAUGUCCCUUUCAGGCCAUAUACCAGUUUGGAGAUUCAAUCUCUGAUACAGGCAACCUUAUUCUCGAAGGUCCUGUGGGAGCAGCAUCUUAUGCUGCUCGUCUUCCUUAUGGUGAAACAACCUUUCACAGGCCUACAGGCCGCUGCUCCAAUGGACUUCUCAUGAUCGAUUACCUUUCUACGGCUCUUCAGCUUUCUCUUCUCAACCCUUACCUGAAAAGAGGUGUUUCGUUUGAUCAUGGUGUCAACUUUGCAGUAGCGGGAAGUACAGCACUCAACAGUUCAUUCUUUACAGCAAGGGGAAUUCGAGCUCCGUCUUCUGAUAGUCCUCUAAGUCGUCAGCUUUAUUGGUUCAGAACACAUCUAAGCUCUGUUUGCCAUACAUCAGGAGACUGUGCAAGAAUUCUUAGGAGGGCUCUUUUCCUGGUGGGUGAAAUAGGAGGCAAUGACUACAACUAUGCAUUCUUCCAAGGGAAACCUAUCGAAGAAAUUCGGACAUAUGUGCCCUAUGUGGUCGGAGCAAUAGUUAAUGCUGUAAGAGAAGUGAUUCGCCUUGGUUCUGUAAGGAUUGUUGUUCCUGGAAACUUCCCUGUCGGAUGUUUUCCUAUAUAUCUCUCCUCAUUUCCUUCAACAAAUCCUUUAGCUUAUGAUGAUAAGGGUUGCCUGAGUGGACUAAAUGAAUUCGCGUCGUAUCAUAACAGUUAUCUUCAACAGUCUCUGGCCUUGCUCAGACAGGAAUUUCCUCAUGCAGUGAUCCUCUAUGGUGACUAUUAUACUGCCUUCCAAUCAGUUCUCCGUAACCCAUAUCUGAGAUUUGAUCAAACAGCCCUUUUGAGAGCUUGCUGUGGCACUGGAGGGUUAUAUAACUACGAUGGAAGUAGGAUGUGUGGGUCGCCUGGUGUGUUUGCUUGCCCUAAUCCGCAUCAACACAUUAGCUGGGACGGUGUGCAUUUGACACAGGAGGCCUAUCACCACAUGUCAGAGUUUCUCAUUAGCAGCAUUCUUUCUAAUAUCCAGUGCGUCUGAUAGAGCUAGAUCAUUAGUUCUCUUCUUUAGAAACAAUAUUAUGUAAUUUGCCUUUAUUUUGUUUUUUUUUUUCCCUGAGUAUUAGAUAGGUAAUAGUUAAAAUUUCUUUCGUGCUAUUUCUUUAUCCAAUUUGUUAAUCAUGAAGCCUGGGCUUUAUUCUCAUUUAAUAUUUUUGAGGCUUUAUUAAUCCUUUUGUGAUUUGAUUUUUGUAUAUACCUGAACUAUAUAUCGAGUUCUGCAAGUUCAUUAGGCAGCCGGCGGCGGCUGGUGUAAUUCUACAUACAGCCUAGUCUUUUCAUGGGGAUCCUUGAAUUUUUGUUUCUUUAACAGUAGAGUGACAUUGUUAAACUUUUCUUAAAAUACCAAAAAAAUAUUUAGACCAAAUUCAGUAAGCGACCAUUUUUCUGGGGUUUGCGUAAUGAUACAUCAGACUGUUCAUGUCAACAAAUGCAGUUUUGUGCAGUUGCUUCCUUAAUCAGCCAGAUACAAGCCCUGGCUAGGCUAUUACAUAUGCACUAAUGCUUGGCUCAAUGUUCUUUUAUUUAUCGGCCUAGAUUUACUUCCUUUUUUCAGGGGGCUAGAGAUAAGGUAAUUGUGUUAAUAUUUAGCUGCCAAGUGGGUUUAGCUUCUAGCCCACAAAGCCCAAGUUAGAGGGGAUAAAAAAAUGCUAACCCAAGACCAAUUACAACCAACGGCUCAAUGGCCCAUCUAAGGUGAGGGCUGGCUAAUGAGGAACAACAGACUCUAUCGCUGCCAAAGCCCCAUCUCCCACCAAGCCUGGGAGAGGACAACACAGAAGCAAAACACACAGAUCAGGCAGAUUUUGCGGAUGAAGAUGACAGAAUUUAUUCGGUGCAAUUAUUCUAUAUAAAAUAGAUGUGCUUGAUUAUUGAUUACGAUGGAAAACUAUGUGGAACCACUCUACAUACAAGUUUGUAUCCUAUAAUUUCUUGUAAGACGAGUGCAAUAUUCACUUUAUGAAAUAGGUUCGUUUACAUUUUCUGUGCCCUAAAAAAGAAAGUAUACAAUAACGAGUUGUGAGGGUUCAAAUUCUAGUUUACCAAAAUUAGUAUAUCAGUUGUAAUUUGAUUUGAUGAAUGAUCUUUAAUUUUGUAAAGUGCAACUGUAGCAGAUCCAUCUUGUGCCUAUGACAAGAAAACAUAAUAAAAGGUUUCAUGUUUUAUGUUCACUAUAGAUGUCUCCUUCAAUAUUGUAUCAGCUUUCUUUAUUUUCUGUCGUUUUAGUGGCAGAAAAAAUGUGAAAAAAAGAGAGAGAGAGAGAAAGAAGAAGAAAAAGAGAAGUAAUUUAAGUGAAAAGGAAAUAUUUUUUAAUUGGUAUUUUUCUGGAAAUUGCACAUAACCGAUUCUGAAAUUGAAUGGCGUUAAUUGGUGUAUUGGCUGGGGGUUUUCCGAGAGCGGAUGGACUCUAAAUUAAUUGUGAUAAGUUUGUCCGUUACAUUCUACAUUAUACUUUGUUUUUUUCCCCGUUCUUGGCAUAGCUUCCACUUCCAAUUGUGAAGACUUUUAAAGAGUUCUUCAAAAAAAAGUUAACAUGUCAACUUCAGGUUGAGGUUCCUUUCUCCAACAACUAGUUCUAUUUUGCUUAUAAACUCAAGGCUGG